GGUCUCAGGUAGAGAGCAGGAGGAGCCACAGAGGAGCCGGGGUUCCUGACACGCAGCGUCUGCCCCUCUCUGCGCUCGAGCUGCCCCGUUCCCUCUUCCCCAUUCAUUCCUCUUCGCACUCUCGGUGCUUUUUGUGUUUUUGUUCACUAUGCACGUGAGACGGAGGGACACCGGAGCUCCUCCAGCCUCGCCUCGGCGUCAGCUCCGGUUUGCGCUCGGAUUCCCCACGACGUGUCCGCCCGUUUAGGAGAGAUUCAAUUAUUCCUGUCUUCUUUGUUCUUUUUUGUUUCAUCCGCACAGAGGAUUUGGAGCACGAUGCUGCUGCUUAUUGUUCUUCUGACACUGAGCCUUAGACCUUUCGAAAGUUUUCCGUCCUACAGUUACGACGACAUGGAGGACGACCUGGCCGGUUUCGAUUACUACCACGCCACGGAGGAGCUGGACAGCCGAAAUGCGAGCGCGUGCGAGCGGUGCGUCCCGGAGCUGUGUCCGCCGACGCAGGGCUGCAGAGCGGGGCUCGUGCGCGACUCAUGCGGCUGCUGCUUCGAGUGCGGAAACCUGGAGGGACAGCCGUGCGACCCCGGAGACCGGAACGUCUACUACGGUCUCUGUGGAGAGGGACUGGAGUGUAAGACCGAUUCGUCGCAGGCAGCCGAAGGAGAGACGCAGGAGCCGCAGUGCGUGUGCGCGUCCCAGGAGCCUCAGUGCGGAUCAGACAAUCAGACUUACAUGAACCUCUGCAAAGUCAGAGAAGCAGUCUUCUCCAAACCGGGACUCAACUCGAGCGUCGGGCCGUGCAGGACCGUUCCUGUCAUCAAAGUCCCUCCACGUAACUUGGUGAACGUGACCGGCAGCAGUGCGGUGUUUCUGUGCGAGGUCUUUGCCUUCCCUAUGGCGCUGGUGGAAUGGAGGAAAGAGGGAAAGGAGGUUGUUUUGCCUGGAGAUGAUCCUCAUAUAUCUGUACAGUCCAGAGGAGGACCUCAGAAAUAUGAGCUGUCCAGUUGGCUGCAGAUCGAGGACGCGACUCGCGCAGAUUCAGGGACGUACAGAUGUAUCGCCAGGAAUGGCCUGGGUAAUGUCUCAGCCACGGCAGUGCUGGGGAUUCUGCCACCAGAUGAGAUGUCUGCCUAUUUAGAGGAAAGCAUGAAAGAGAUGAUGGGUUAUGAUCCGAUCAGAGACUACGAUGGAGACUACUAUUGAACCACUUUAGAGCUGCAAAAGACUUGAGAAACUACUUGAGAAGACUGAAACUGCCUCCUGUGUCCAUGAGGACAUCUGGACCCACAAACAUGAAGAGAACAUGAUGCAGCCCAGUGACAUGAAAGAAAAAUACAUUACGCAUUACACAUUAAACCUCAAGAAAACCAAAGAGCCGCCCUGCUGGACAUAGAACAUGACAGUUUUAAUCCGAAGUUGAGAGAGGAUGAACAUUUCUUUUUGCUGCUCUUUAUAUUUCAUCUGAACAGGGAACUUGGACCACAUUCCAGUCACACUGUAACUCUUUCUAGAGUCUCCGAUUUCAUGUGUCCUUUGAAUAACAAGUCGUAAUGUAUCCCUUUCUUGAGUUUAUAUAUUUUUCCAUAUGUGCCAUCCCUCUGUUUGUGUGCACGGCUGCUCGUUUGAAUCCCAGAGGGAGGAGCUUCAUCCACAGCUGGUUUUCUUUAAGAGCUUCCAUUUUAAAGCCUGGACACAGAAAUCUAUUUUAAAUUUCUUUUAAGGUGCAAUCACUCAUCUGGUUCAAUAAAACUGAGCUACUAUAACUUUGACCUUUUAAUAUCUCCUCUCUUUAGCUGAUUGGUUAUGACCAGUCUCAAAUGAAAAGGCAGUGGAACCUGAGAUCUUUUUAAUUUCUUUUCUUUGAUUUAAACUCAAAUAUAGACCUAUUUAUUAUAAUGUGUAUGUUAUUCAAUUUCUUACUUAGUCUUUAUGUGUAAUUAUAUUUAUAUAAAGAGGCCAUUUUGACAUAAAGGAACCUUUUUAGGUUCAUAUAAACCCACUGCAGUAUUUUCCGCAGUACAGAAUGGCCGCUUAUUGGUGCUUUUAUA